AUGGUUAACUGGGGUAUUGUUGGAGCUGGAGGGAUCUCCUCCAGAUUCGUUGCUGACUUGAAGGUUUUGAUUGCCAAUCCUGCUGGCCCAAACAAGAUCAAGCACACUAUCGGAGCUGUUGCAUCCACCCAGAUCGAAAAGGCAGAAAAGUUUAUCAACGAGUUCAUUGGUGACGGUUAUGGCACCAAAGCCGUUGGUUACGAUGAAGUGAUCAACGACCCCUCAAUCGAUGUGUUGUACAUCGGUUUGCCACACACCCUCCACGCUCCAUUCGUGGUGCGUGCCAUCGAAGAAGGUAAGAAGAACAUUCUCUGUGAAAAGCCCAUCACCAUCAACGCCAGGGAGUUGGAAGACAUUUUGGCUGCUGCCAAGAAGCACAACGUCUUCUUCAUGGAAGCCAUGUGGUCCAGAUACUUCCCAACCUUCCUCGAGUUGCAAAAGAAGCUCUACGACGACAAGGUUAUCGGUGACAUCAAGAAGGUCCAAUGUACCUUCAACACCGACUCCAAGGAGUUCCCAAUCACCCCUGAACACCGUGCCGCCAACAAGAAGCUCGGAGGAGGUGCUUUGUUGGACAUUGGAAUCUACCCAAUCACCUACGCCAGAACAUUCUUGGACCCAUCCGCAGACCCAACCAAGGACUGGUCUAUUUCCUCCGAGUUGAUCAUGGAAUCGUUGACCGGAAACAAGGCGGACGAAGUCGACUUCGUUGCCAGCGCCAUCUUCAACGACAAGACCCGCAAGCAACAAGCGUCCAUCAGCGCCAGUUUCCAUACCGAGUCUGACGGCAACAUCGUUUCUAUUGAAGGUACUUUGGGUAGAGCCUACGUCAAGGCCAUUGGCGACACUCCAUCUCCACAAGGCUACAAGAUCGUGUUGAAGGAUGGCAGUGUGAUCGAGAAGGAUUUCUUUGCCGACUUGAACGGUGGUGAGGGUUUCUGGUACGAGGCCGUCGAGGUUGGAGAGGUUUUGGCCAAGGGUGGUAAGCAAAGUGAGCUCAUGUCGUGGGAUGAAAGCAGAAAGAUCAUGUGGGUACUUGACACCAUCAGAAAGCAAAACGACUUUUUUUACGAACAAGACCAGUAG